CAUUCUUAAUGACAUAAGGGUGAAUGGACGUGGUCCUUCCACUUAAAGGUGUUCUACAUUGAAAUCUGUGCUCUGAUAAUAUAAAGGGGAAGAAGUAAUGAGUGAUAAAAAGGUCCAGGAUAUGGCUGAGGGAAUGGCUGCUUGAAGUGCUGUGGAAGGUUACUAAUGAUGUAGAAAUCAACGACCUGAGCAGAGAGCCAGCUGGGUUAUCCACAUGGACACCGACAUUACUCAAGGAGAUGGCCAGACUUGGAGCGGUAAAGAUUGAACUUUCACACCCUGGGAUGAUGAAUACCAGAUUGGAUAUAAGCCCUGCCUGCGAGGAACCAGCAAAAGGAACGUGAGAGAUCUGACAGCUAUGCCUCUGGCCGCCAGCUUUUAAGUUAGCUCUUCUCAGCCAGGAACGCCACUUCAGGAAGGAGUGGAGGCGGCUGAGAGCUGUGGAACCGACACCCUUCGCCCCUCGCACUUUCGUCGCGAGCUCCAGCUUGGCGCAAGGCACGCUGGGACACCGGGGAGCUCGACCACCAUCACCAAGGCAACCCGCCCGCACGCGGUUGUCAUGGAGACCGGCGGGCACCUCGGAGAGUCUCGCAGAGGGGCUGCCUUCGCCCGCACCCAGGCAGGAUGCUUCGCCGAGGCUAUAAAGCCUCUGAAAGGCGAAGACACUUGAGCGACCACCUCAGCUGGCAACAAGACCAGGCGAUGAGCAGCAGCAUCUACCUCCUACGAGAGAUGGGCCCCACGGGCUUCCUGCUGAGGGAGGAGGAGCCGGAAAACCGGGAUUUCCGAGUUUUUUUAGGAAAUCCUCAUGUUUGUAACUGUUCCACAUUUCUGAAAGGAGGAGAACUUUGUAAGCAUAUAUGCUGGGUCUUGUUGAAAAAAUUCAAGCUUCCAAGGAAUCAUGAAUCUGCUUUGCAGUUAGGUCUUGUGGAAGGAGAAAUCAGUGACUUGCUUCGAGGGAUACAUCGAGUUCAAACUCCCCAACAAGGAACAAAUAAUGAAACUGUGCAUAUAGAAGAAGAUGGGUACAUUAAACAGAAGGAAAUUGGUUCAGAUGAUAUCUGCUCAAUUUGUCAAGAAGUACUUUUAGAGAAAAAGCUUCCUGUCACGUUUUGCAGGUUUGGCUGUGGCAAUAGCAUUCAUAUAAAAUGCAUGAAGAUCCUAGCUAAUUAUCAGGAUAUGAUUUCAAACACUUCCAUGUUGAAAUGUCCUCUGUGCAGGAAAGAGUUUGCACCAUUAAAACUUAUUUUAGAAGAAUUCAAAAACUCUAGCAAACUUGUGACUGCAGCUGAAAAAGAGCGACUGGACAAACACCUUGGAAUUCCCUGUAAUAACUGUAAACAAUUUCCAAUUGAGGGGAAAUGUUAUAAGUGUACCAAAUGUAUAGAAUACCACUUAUGCCAGGAAUGUUUUGAUAGCUGCUGCCAUCUUUCUCACCCAUUUACAUUUCGUGAGAAGAGAAAUCAAAGAUGGAGAUCACUAGAAAAAGGAUCAGAUGCAACUUCAAAAUAUGUAGACAUUAAAAAUGAGAUAGAAGAGAAGAUGCCACAUUUUCAAGGAAAGCAAGGCCAAGUUUACACACCAAAACAAGUGGUGAAGUCACUGCCUCUUUCACUGAUUACAAAGAAUAGUAAGCUGCUUGCUCCAGGCUAUCAGUGUCGACUUUGUUUGAAGGCAUUUCGUCUGGGUCAACAUACAAGAUUGCUACCAUGUACUCACAAGUUUCAUAGGAAAUGUAUUGACAGUUGGUUAUUCUACAAGUGCAAUUCAUGCCCUAUUGAUGGACAAGUUAUAUAUAACCCUUUAAUCUGGAAAGAUACGGCAGUAAAUGGACACACACAUCAAUCCAUUUCAACCACAAACAUCACUCAUCUGUCAAAACAGGAAGAACCAGAACUUUUUAUUCCUGGUACUGGAUUAGUCUUAAACCAAAAUAGAGUUGGAAUUUUACCUAGCAUACCUCAACAUAAUUCUGAAAAGUUGAAUACACCUGAAAGUCCAACAGAUACCUAUCAGAAUAUAACAAUAGAUGAUCUAUUCUCUAUCAAGUUAGAUGAUUCAAACUCAAGAAAAUUAAUCUAUGAAUAUAAAAUUAGCCAACAUUUCCCCAGGUAUCUUCAAGAUUUACCAACUGGAUCCUUUGGGAAAAUGUCAUCUCAAACAUUUCUUCCUUCUAUUGCUCACAAGAAUAUUAUAUGUCUCACUGGAAUGGAAAGCCCAUGUGUCAGUGAAAAAUACCACACUGGUCAAAGUCAGAAGAUGGCCAAAGACUGUAAACAUAUUAACCACAAUCAAAAGAAGACUUUUGGUACUAGAAUAAGAGAAGACAAGAAGAGAUCAAAUACUUUACUUCCAGAAGAUUUAAAUCUUAUUGUCAAUUGGGGUACAACUAAAAUUAGUUUGUCUAAAAGAUAUAAUAAUUGUAUGGGAAAAACUAGACAAAAAUGUAGUAAUCUGUCAAAAAAGCCUGAAUCUCAUCCUUUAAAUACAAAAAAUCCUGAGCUAUCUUUAAUAUUGGAAGGAGUUCAGUUAUGAAGAUGUAUUUUUUAUUAACAUCAGAAAAUAUUUGAAUAUUGAACAUAAAAAUGUUUUAUUUGUAGAACAUAAACACUAUAUACUCCUGACAAAUGUAUAUAGAAUUCUUUGUUGUCAUUUUGCCUACUUGUCUGUGAAUGACUAACUACUCUUAAAAGAAAUGACCCCAUUCUCUAUAAGACUUAAAGCAUUAGGUGUUUUGAUGAGUAUGUUCAGGAUGUUGUUAAUUAUGAAUAAUUUUUAGAAAUUUUAUUUCAUACUGACUAAAUUAUUUAUUUUUACUUAAAUUAAGGAAAUAGAUUUUCCUUGUCUUGAGCCACUGUUUUUAAACAUUCCACUUGAUAACAUGUAACAUGGAAGGAUUCUUUCCAGGACCUUGAAUAUUUUUUGUGUUUUCUUGCAUUAAUAUUCACCACAAACCUAUAGGAAAAUCCAGAUGGUAGUUGUCUUUUUCACUUUACUUCCUUAAAGGUAUUUCUUAUACAUGAAAUGUAAAUUAAAUAUACUUACAAUGCUGUAAGUUAUGCCACAUUUAGAAUGAUUUCACUGAUUUCAAGAAACUUAUAAGUACUACAAAUUUCUAUUUCUACUAUUUUUGAAGACUAUAUAAAAUUACUUAAUCCCCCCAUUAAAAUAUAAUAUAUUUGGGGGCAAGGACCUUGUUGUCUUAUUCACUGUUGUACACUUAAUAUACAGUGCUUGACAAACACAGGUGUUCUGUAAUAUUGGUUGAACUACUGAAUUAUGAAGACAAGUGGCCACAUAGGAGGGAGGCAAAACAAAAAAAAAUAUGUGGUAUUAGAAAACCAAAGAAAGAAAAUGUAGUAAAUUAGUAGCAGUUGGUCUGGUAAGAUCAAGACUGAAGAAUGCAAUUUUGCUUUAGCAAUAAGGAGAAUAUUAGUGACCUUAGCUAGGAGAGUUUAGUGGAGUAGUGGGAGCCAAGUCUAGGUUGGAUUGGGUUGAAGAGAAAAUGACAGGUGAGGACAAGGAAACAGUAUAUAUAUAUAUAUAACUAAGGACAAGAG